AUGCGCGGCUCAAGACAAAAUACGGAGGAGGUUCGAAGCCUUUCCGUCGCAAUCUCGGAGCUUCCAAGUGGGACUCGAACUGAUACACACGGCUUCAAGACCACAUUCCCGAAGGUUUACUCGGCACAGUUCCGUGUAUACUUGAUGCAAUUAGCCUCUGCUGCUCAUUACGAAAGUAUUAAUGAAACACUUGGCAGAAGGAGAUUCAGAGAAAUCGUCAUAAUACUCGCUGCACUCUGGUUUACAAAUGCAUUCUUCCAACUCUUAGACGCUGGGCAAAUAAUGAUGAUCGGAGUAAAAGUGAAGUCUGAUCUCAAUGCAUGA